UAAUAAUAAGAAAAUGGAUAUAUCGCCUCACGCGCCGCUGCACACGCCUACCGAAUGCCGAUAAGGGACAGUAAAUCCGCGAAUAGAGAUUCCCCGCGCUGCUGGAGCCCCGCUCUGCGUGUCACAUGUUCCUUCGGGUUCUUCGCGCGCGAGGAAAAUGAGCAUUCUGCGAAAGAAGCUGAGCGAAUUCGAUGAUAUUCUCAACGCAGACGAAAUAGAUACCGUCAGCCUCGGCAAAAUAUGUUUCCAUGGCGUACCUGACGAGCCUGGUGGCCUGAGGCCUCUGUGUUGGAAGUUGCUGUUGAAUUAUUUGCCGCCGAAAAGGUCCAGCUGGUUGGAGACUCUAAAGCGCAAAAGGGAGUUGUAUAACACUUUCAUUGAAGAUCUCAUUGUUAUGCCUGGAGAAUCUAAUGCGGAGGAUAAAGAGAGAGUUGAUGUAACGUUGCACGAUCAUCCUCUCAAUUUAAAUCCAGACAGUAAAUGGCAAACGUACUUUAAAGAUAACGAAGUUCUCCUUCAGAUUGAUAAAGAUGUUAGGCGGCUAUGUCCAGACAUAUCAUUUUUUCAACAAGGUACUGAUUAUCCAUGUCAAAAAAUAGUGAGUGCUAAUGGCCAGCAACGUUUACACAAUAGAGUUCAACAUACUGUACUGAAAAGCGCAAAUGUUGAAAGGAAAGGAUUAGGAAUAACCAAGCAGAUAGCAGUCUCUGUCAGAAAGGCUGCAGAAGAUUAUGCGCCAUUGACUGAAGGUGGUGAAGCACAUUGGGAAGUUUUAGAGAGAAUACUCUUUUUAUACGCCAAGUUAAACCCUGGUCAAGGUUACGUGCAGGGUAUGAAUGAGAUAGUUGGACCUAUAUAUCAUGCAUUUGCUUGUGAUCCAGAUCCAACAUGGAGAAAACAUGCGGAGGCAGAUACUUUCUUCUGUUUUACCAAUCUAAUGGCUGAAAUACGGGAUUUCUUUAUAAAGACGUUGGAUGAAGCUGAAUUUGGAAUUAAUUCAAUGAUGAGUAAAUUGACAAAUCAAGUUAGAGCUAAUGAUCCUGAUGUUUGGUUGCGUUUGCAUCAACAAGAACUGUGUCCGCAAUAUUAUAGCUUUAGAUGGUUGACGCUUCUCCUUUCGCAAGAAUUUCCCCUGCCAGAUGUUAUGAGGAUAUGGGAUUCCUUGUUUGCCGAUGAAAGUAGAUUCAGUUUCCUCAUACAUAUCUGCUGUGCCAUGAUUCUAUUAUUAAGAGACCAGUUACUGACUGGCGACUUUGCUGCAAAUGUUAAACUUUUACAGAAUUUUCCAUCGAUGGACAUUCAAAUUGUGCUUUCUAAAGCGGCUGCUUUGGCGGGCAAGACUUUAUAGUUUUUUAAAUUCUUAUUUUCUUUCUAAUUAAAUCACAAUUGAGCUGCAAUAAUAUUUCGAAUGUCGAAUAUCGUGAUUUUUGCCUCUCCUCUUACUGUGCUGUACGCAAUAUAUCAUCAUGAAUGCAUUUUAGAGGAGAGAUGCAAUAAAAUAUAAAUUAAAAUAUAAAAUAUAUCAUAUGUAUAUAAAAAUGUAUCGAUGGUUCGAUGAAAGAUACAGAUAGCACACAUGUUCAAAAGACGUUUAAAGACGUCUCAAAAUUCUCUAGACGUCUUUAAAACGUCUUUUGGCCUUUUGUGCUGUUUGGAAAUUGGCAUUUAUAUUAUAUCAAAUAUUUAAUAUACACAGCUGUAUAUAUAUGAGCUGUACAUAAUAUUAAUUAGCGCCCCACGAAUAUUGAGAUUUAUAUCAGCAUUUUUGGUGCCACGUAUCAAACUUUUGAUAUAUUUAAAAUGAUGUUUGUAUAUACAUUACAUUAGAAAGUAAUACGGCUGAAGACUUUAAAUUUAUACAAUCGAUAAUAUAUAAUCAUUUCGUAAGCGCAAGUAAUAAGAUAAGAUGAGGAUUAAAAGAAAGAGAAUCUUAUUCUUAGGCUUCCCCGAUUGUGUCCAAUAAUCUUGCAAUAAUCGCAUCACAAUAGAUUAGUAUCAUUUGUAUACGCGCCAUAAUAAUUACAUAAUAUGUUUAAGCGAAGAUAUAUAUCAAAUUUUAUA